AUGAGUCCCCAAGGCUACCAGCAGCCAGGGUGCCCUGGCUUGAGGAAAUACCAAGCCAAAAUGGUGGAGGAGAAAUGUCAACAGGACCUAAAGAAGCCAGAAGUGCCCCUGGAGGCAGAAGCCAGCAGUCCUUGUGGGGAGAACUUCUUUGAUAUUGAUGCCAUCUUAUCGAUGGACUCGGAGUAUUCAUCUGUCACCCCUAUGGUGCCCUGGACUAGCCCAGAGCCUGGGUUGGUGAACCCAGCCUUUGAGGAGACAGAUGAAGAUUGCAUCCUGAAUCUUUCCACAUCGGACCUGACUCGUGGUACCAAUCUCGUGGCCGAAACUGUCAUUGUGGAAAUUUCCCGGGAUAACCCUGAGAAAGAGCUGGGGAUGAGGAUCGUGGGGGGCAAGGACACCCCCCUGGGCAACAUUGUCGUGCAAGAAGUCCACCAGGACACCCCCCUAGGCAUGGAUGGAAAAGUGGCCCCUGGAGACCACGUAUUAGAGGUCAACGGGGUCAACAUCAGCAAUGUCACCCACUCUCAGGCAAUCUCCCUGCUCCGCCAGGCAGGGCCUGUGCUACAGCUGGUGAUCUUGCAAGAGAAGGGCUUCCUGAACAAGCCACCCCGAGAUGACAGCCCGAUUCCCAGCAGGGCUGGGGAGAUUGUGCAUGUCACCCUGAUGAAGAAGGACCGGCUGCAGCCCCUGGGUAUCAAACUGAUCCGUAAGGCUGGCAAGGCUGGCAUCUUCAUUCUCGACCUGCUGGAUGGUGGCCUGGCAGCCAAGAAUGGAAAGCUAAGCCAAAAUGACAAAGUACUCUCCAUCAAUGGUCAGGACCUGAGACAGGGGACACCGGAGACAGCAGCCCAGAUCAUUCAGAUGGGUUUUGGUGGUGGUGAUGGUUAUUAA